UCCUUCAAAAGGAGGAACAGGAUGAGCCCGGUGGUGCCCGUUCAUCUCUGCUGAGGGCUGCUCACGUCCGUGAGCCCACACACGGGGGUGUCAGGGAGCUAGGAUCCUUGAGGACGGCGACGCAGGACGGCCUUCCGCUACUGCAGGGAAGAUGAUCCACCUGCUUGUGCUGUCAUUCCUGAACGUGGCGCAGAGCCAUGCAGCCGCGAGGCCCAACUUCGUGCUGCUGCUGGCCGACGACCUGGGCAUCGGAGAUCUGGGGUGCUACGGGAACCAGACGCUCAGGACUCCCAAUAUUGACCGGUUGGCUGGAGGAGGCGUGAAGUUCACACAGCACCUGGCGGCUUCACCUCUGUGCACCCCGAGCAGGGCGGCCUUCAUGACAGGCCGGUACCCCAUCCGGUCAGGUAUGGCAUCUGAGACCCAAGUGGGGGUGUUUCUCUUCUCGGCCUCAUCUGGAGGACUUCCCACCAGUGAGAUUACCUUUGCCAAGCUUCUCAAGGAUCAAGGCUACUCAACAGCUCUCAUAGGGAAGUGGCACCUUGGGACGAACUGUCACAACAAAACCGACUUCUGUCACCACCCACUGAGCCACGGCUUCGACUAUUUCCACGGGAUCCCCAUGACCAACCUGAGGGACUGCCAGCCUGGAGAAGGCAGCGUCUUCACCACAGGCAUCAGGACGGUGGUGUUCAUCCCCCUUCAGAUCCUGGCGAUCACUCUCGUCACCUUGGCGGUACUCAAGGCCCUGGGGCUGGUCCACGUGCCCCCCAUGGUCUUCUUCUGCCUCCUCGGCCUGGCCGCCAUGAUCCUGGGCCUUAUGGUGUGCUUCCUGCACUACUUCCGGCCCCUGAACUGCUUCCUGAUGAGGAACCAUGAGAUCACCCAGCAACCCUUCUCCUACGACAACCUCAUGCGGCGGCUGGUGGCGGACGCGACCCAGUUCAUAUGGAGGAAUGCCGACACCCCGUUCCUGCUCGUGCUGUCCUACCUUCAGGUGCACACGGCCCUGUUCGCGUCCCAGGAUUUUGCCGGCAGAAGCCGACACGGACUUUACGGGGACGCCGUGGAGGAAAUGGACUGGAGUGUCGGGCAGAUCUUGAAUGUCCUAGAUGAGUUGAAACUGGCUAAUAACACCCUCAUCUACUUCAGUUCGGACCAAGGAGCCCACGUGGAAGAGGUGACCGCCAAAGGAGAGGUUCACGGAGGGAGUAACGGCAUCUAUAAAGGGGGAAAAGCAAACAACUGGGAAGGGGGUAUCCGGGUUCCUGGCAUCCUUCAGUGGCCGGGAGUGAUCCGGGCCGGCCUGGAGAUUGACGAGCCCACGAGCAACAUGGACGUGUUCCCGACGGUGGCCACGCUGGCAGGGGCCCCGCUGCCGGAGGACAGAAUCAUUGAUGGACGUGACCUGAUGCCCCUGGUUCAAGGGGAAACGGCACACUCCGAUCACGAGUUUCUCUUCCAUUACUGCAACUUCUACCUAAACGCCGUGCGCUGGCACCCUCGCAACAGCACGUCCAUCUGGAAGGCUUUCUUCUUCACGCCCAAGUUCAGUCCCGAGGGCGCCAACGGCUGCUUCUCCACACACGUGUGUUUCUGCCACGGGCACUCUGUCCGCUACCAUCAGCCGCCAUUGCUCUUUGACAUCUUCAAAGACCCCAGAGAGAGAAACCCGCUGUCGCCGACGACAGAACCCCGGUUCCAGGAAAUCCUCGACGCCAUGCAGCAGGCGGUGGCCCGUCACACCAACACCCUGAAGGCGGUGCCCAACCAGUUGUCACUGGGCAACCUGGUCUGGAAGCCGUGGCUGCAGAUGUGCUGCUCGCUGUCAGGCCUGUCUUGCCAGUGUGACCGCGAAAAACAGGCCAAGAGUGCGAGCCGCUAGCUGUACAUUGUGUCCGGGAGUGGGCACUGGGGAGACCCAGCCCUCCGGACCCUUAUGCCGUGCCAUCGGCUGCCAGGCUUCCCCCAGCGCCAAUAAACUCGUGGAUAAUGAUGAAGAAGCAAUGACUAAACCUUAAUCUGUGCAACUAUGACGAGCCCAGGGCCAUCCCCUCCACCACCAGUACAUGACGCUAAGUUGCAGUUCGCCUCUUGGAACACAAAUAUUAUCGGUAUUAUUUAGGACGCACGUUAAAUGCUAUUCACAACAGAUACAUUUAUACAUUCACAGUUCAUUUCUGUCCUUGACGAGUCUGAGAUAUGUAAACUAGGAAGCCAGAAGCUGAUCGCUUUUUUACGUAAAAGCGACAGCGGCCCGCAGAUAGGUAUUUUUUGUCCAACAGACUUUGUGGGAAAUCCUUCAGGAACAAGAAAGAAUCCUAAAACAAAUCUCUCCUGAAGGGAAUUUCCAUUUCAUAAUGUAUAGUAUCGUAUUGGGGUUUUGCUGAUUCUUUAGUGAAUGGAAGUUCUGAAAUAAAGGCUACCUCAGGGGGACCGUAGUGGAAGGAAUCCCUCCCAGUGCGAUCCAGAAUUAUUGGCAUGGCGGCAUGUGUAUGAUUUCGGGGGGGAUUUGCUGAUUUACUGAUGCCACUGUAGGGGUUAACAUAAGCCCUUUUCUUUUGUAUCCUCGUGCCCUGUGGUUAUGAAAUCCCCAUGCCCCCAGUGCCCAAUGAGAUGUACAACUUUGGUCUAAUUCUGUUUCUUCCAACACCAGUAAUUAAGGGGCAAGGCAUCGCAAGUGCACAUAGGCGACGGGCGGACAGUGGCUCAGCUGGAGAACGGUCCUGACUCUGAGCGCCCACAGAGCAAAGAAUGCACCCAGAGGGACAAGGCUUAGGUCACUUGUUCGGGCACUGUACAUUCCCCAGCAGCAUCACGUGGAUUCCUUUUCUGGUCCGUGGAGAGGAGCUGCGUCCGUGUGCCCACCCACUCAGCUCUUUGGUGAACGGGGCCCGGCACCAUCCGCUGGCCCGGCAUUGGCUUGGCUGCAGCAGAGGAGAGCCACAUGGAAAGACCACACCAUGCGUGGCCCAGCGGAGAGAGCCCGUGCAUCUGAGUCAGUGUUCUGACAGUGGGCUACACUUCUACUCGUCUCCUAGGAAGAACGUCCAGGAUCCACUGAUAUCACCCUACUUCUCUAAACAUCCGUGAUUUCAGACUUUAAUGUUGGUUUUCUUUCUCUUCGAAAGUGAUUUUUCCUCCUCUCCCCGGUUGAGUGGUUGAAAGUUGGCGAGCAAACAGAAUUCUUAACUUUUCAUGUGGAUUCCGCGCUCCAGAAAGUGCUGAAAAUCUAUCCUUUUGCUUUAGGAACUAUUAACGAAUGGACUAGCAUGUUAAUCAUGUGUUAGGAAUAUUGCUGAUAUUACUAUGCAAAAGCUGUUUGAAACCUCUAUUAGGAACUUAGGUUUUAGAUACUCAUUUCUACGCAAAGUUUAACACAGUCAAUGCAAAUGGAGUUGCAGACCACACUUCAUGGUGCGGGGAAGUCUGGGGGAGAGUGAAGUAACGUGAAGCACCUUUAGCGAUCACGUGAAUACACGUUGAUGUACAGAGCUGUUCAGUCUGUACAAUGCUAGCAGCCAAUGAAGGAUCUAUAAAUAUACCUCUAGAAACAAAAUAAGCUUUAACGUAUUUGCCUCAAAAUAAGUCCGAUCACCGUUAUGAAUCAGGGCAUUUGAAAAAUCAGGUUUAUCGAGCAUCUGGAUGAUUCUUAGAUUUCAAACCACUUGUCAUCUGAAAGCUUUCAUUGGGAAAAUUUCAUUGGGAAAUUUGGAUUCUUUGGUUCAGGACACACCAAGCAGAUCUUCUGUGCCACCUGCUUUUGUGUCUGUUGCUUUUACAAAGCUGGGCGAGGCUCCUUGUUUUCCAGGAAUCUCCGUGGUAUUUUCAUAAGGUUUGUAUGUCCAGACCUUGCUGGGUUUUGGAGGUUUAAACAAAUUCUUCUAAAGCGAAGUCUCUACAGCAUUUCAUAGACACGCCACAGGGAGCAAACAGUGACGUGUACACGAGCAUGCUUUUCCAAGGUCAGUGACGCUGCGUGGAAACCAGAAUGGCAGCCUGUGUCGUGACGGAAUCAGGAAGGGAGGCAGACCUUGGGGCUCCCUGGAGGACACACGGAGGAGAGCGGAGCAAAGAUGCGGGGUCUGCGUCUGAAGAGCGCCACCUGGAAGUGAUUGCAUGCGGUGAAGGAUUCUCAGAACCUUGCUCUAGUGCCCGUGCAAACUUAAAAUAAAAUGCUCCUUGAUGCAA